AUGAGCAACCCCGUUCCCACCCAAGAUAUGAAGAUCUCCUAUGUGGAUCCUGCUAUGAACCCAGCGGGCAAUCCACCGAUGGCCUAUUCUGGUGUUCCUCAAUAUGCCAGCGCGGGAGUACCACCUCCAGGCCAGCACCCGCAAUGGACGGCGCAACCUGGGAUGAACCCACAGUUUCAUCCUCAACAAGGAAUGCCACCAGGAUACCAGCAAGCUCCCGGUGUUCCCCAGUUUAUGCCUCAGCAGCCUGGAGCGCCUUUGACGGCGACACCAAUCCCUGCGCUCAAUCGUAGUUCGGCGCCGGUAGAUUGCCCUGUGUGCGUAACUGCGGAACUCACCUUGCGACGUUCUACAAGAGUGGAGGAACGGAGCCUAUGGUCCGCCGAUGAUUCAUUCGAGUAG